AGGCGGGGCCGCGCAGCUGGAACACGAGAGCGAGCUCAGCUCGCGCCGACAGCAGAAUGAAGUGAUCCGCCGGGGGACGCGCACUGUGAGAGCGCGUAACGUUAUAUUUCUAAACUUUGCGCGAUUUUUUUUACGUGAACUUUUAACGGAGCUGGACGACAGGCAAACACACUGGUGAGGAGUCCAGCUGAUGGAUGAGGAUGAGGAUGAUGUGUGCAGGAAGGGUCUACAGCGCUGGCCUUCCUCUCACGUGCAGAUAAAGCCUACAGAGACAUCAGGGCGUCCCCCUUUAUCACCCAACGGCAUGCUGCCCUGCCGAGUGCAUGAGCCCAGACGCUUUCUCUACGGUAACGCAGGAUUGCUUCUACUAGCGCCGCCCAGUCGCUCUCAGCCUCCAGACGUCGCGCGGCGGGAGAACGUGCAGCCGAUGGAUCCGCCCGCGCCGCGGCCUGCGCACAGCGUUGAAACCCUCAUCGGGCAGAAGCUCCAGCUGAUUGGAGAUCAGUUCUACCAGGAACACAUGAUGCAUCACAGAAACCAAAGGAACCAGGAGCCCCUGUGGUGGCGUGUGGCGGUGGCGUUUUACACGCUCCUGUUCAGGAGAGACGCCGACGCUCGGGACGGGAGGGCAAAUCGCAGGUGAAACAAAAACAAACUGCCAUCCGUGUCCCAGUCCACAUCACGGAGCGGGACGUUUAACGGCACUGUCUGAUAUCUAACACGGGUUUUGAGGGGGGAAAAACAAAGACUGAGAAGAAGACGCCUCCGCAGGACGGGGGACGGUUUUUUAUGGUAACCUCUUUUCCCCCUACGAAGAUGCCAUGAUGUUCUUGAGAUUCUAACAGGAAUAUUUUCAUAAACAUUUUGAGGUAUUUUGUACAGUAUGCUGUCGGUGUUUAAGUUUCUUUGCACUUCCGUACGUGUAUUCGAAUGACCUCUGCGAGUCUUGGGAAUGCCUUACCGUCCCACGCCACCGCCGAAGCGGACGGAUGAAGAUACGAGGACGGUGGAUGGGGCUUUUCCUUCAGAAAUCUCCCAGGACGUCACUUACAAAUCUCCAAAGAGGCCGUUUCUCAGAACAAAGCUUUUUGCACCUCAAUUUUUCUUGGUGUUUUGAUGUUCUAUUUACCUUUUAUUACAUCAUUGUUGAAUUUUUAUCGUUCUUCCUGUUUUUUAAAUACUUUGAAUACGAUCUAGACAUCCUUGUGUUUGUCAAGCAACCGAAGAGGGUUUGAUGAAGAGUUGAUGUACUGCUGUUAUUGUCUUUUUAUUUCAUUUGAUUUCAGUUCUUGGCAUCCAGCUAGUCAACAAUCAACAGCAUCAAACUUUACAAUCCAGUAAUAUUGUGAAAAUGUCAUGUUAAAAAAAAACUGAGGUUACACUUUACAAUAAGGUUUCAUUUGUUAACAUGAACUAACACUGAACAAUACUUUUAAUCUCAACAUUAACUAAAACAUUAUUAAGAUCAAAUGUUGAAUCUGUUAUCAUUAUUUAAUGCACUUUGAACUAAUAUGAACAUUAACAAAGGUUAAUAAAUGCUGUAAGAAUAUGUUGUUCAUUGUUAUGUUAACAAAUGAGAUCUUGUUGUAAAGUGUUACCAAUAUAUGGUUUAAUCAGGCCUUAAAAAUGCACCAAAUUUUGGGAAAUAUUAGAAUAAAUGGUAAUACUUUGCAAUAAGUUUUCAGUUGUUAGCAUUAGUUAACAUGAACUAACAAUGAUAAAUACUUCUAAAGCAUCUUAAUGUUAAUAUCACACUCUAAAAAAUGCUGGUUUAAAAACAACCAAAGUUGGGUUAAAAAUAGACAAACUCAGUG